AUGUGGCGUUUGGCUGCAGCGUAUGCAGUGGUGGAGGCAGCUCAAGAGGGCGAUGUGCGGUUGGCAGGAGACGCGGUUCAUGCACCAGGAGGAAACACAGACGCUGGGAGUGUGGAGGUCUUCCACCGUGGCCGCUGGGGCUGGAUCUGUGCCGAUGACUCCUGGGAUAGCGCGGCGGCUGAGGUGGUGUGCCGCCAGUUGGGCCUUCGCAGAGGCGUCAGCACCAUGCGCAUGGCCAACGGUGAGGAGAGCCUUCUGUCGGACCUUCGUCCGCACUGCGAAGGCACCGAGACAAGUCUUUUGAGCUGCCGAGUGGAGCUGAACGUUCCUUGCGCUGAGAGCGGAUGGCAAGGAGCAGGGGUGCGAUGCACGAACUUCCUGCCAGAGGAGCAGCCACCCGUCGACAUCGCAGAGAUCCAAUUGCCUUUAGAACCGCAGAUGCGCUUGACAUGCGAGGCUCCCCACCACGAGGACGAAACGGCCUUGCCACGCUUCCCCUGCCGUGUGCUGGAGGAAGACGUCUGUGCAGGCCCUGAUGACGCCCCAAACCCCUUUGGUCAGACUGCGUUGGAUGUCUUUGUCUUCAAGGAACCAAUGAAGGUCCACUUAGACAAGGCCCGUGCGCAACGGGAGGCGGUGAACGCCUCCGGAGCAGCACGCUUCAGUGCCUUGGGUUUCGAGUUGAAGGAUGCCGUAGAGGUGUCAAGCUUCUGUCGCGGCUUCCUGUCCCCGCUGGGCCGUUUGCUCUUCGAUUUGGACGCGGAUGUGAUGGAUCUACAGUCGCGGAAAAAAGACUUGCAACUGGAGCCAGGUGCCCAGGCCAUUUUCGCAGCCUUGGAAUCCAAUGGCACCGUGGAGUUGGGAGAUCUUCAACUGCCCCUCUCGGUGCAGGAGACGGCCCUGGCGGCCCUGUCAGCGGUGCGUGACGCUGUGCGCCAAGAGGGCGAGAUGCCGCGCAUCGCGGCGGCGCGGCCGUACCUGCCGGAGUUGGAAGAGUGGUUGCGGAACUCAACGAUCAGUUCAGCCAUUGCGGCCUACCUGGGUGGUCAUGCAAUGCUUCAUGGCUACAAGGUGGUGCAUCUUCCGUCGCAUCUCACCACGAAGGAUUUUGUAGCUGCACAUUGGCACCACGAUCGCGCGGGCCGGCGUUUGAAGCUGUUUAUCCGGCUCAACGACGUGGAUCCACUGGAAGGGCAUCCAACGCAAGUUGCACUGGGCUCGCAUCGCUUGUCCUACUACUGGCAUGAGGAGUUCGAACAGUCCCGUUUCGCCGAUGCCUAUGUCCAGAGGGAGUUUCGCACCCAGCGGCUGGCUGGGCGAAAGGGCACGGCCUAUCUCUUCGAUACCAAUAGCAUCCACAAGGGGACGCCAGAGGGAUCGCAACACCGAGAUGUCAUUGUGGUGGAGUAUCACCAUGCCGCCAAGUGUGGUCUCAUCUCCCGGCUGCGAUUGAACUUACCCUGUCCCAGUGGAGAUCAGAGACCGCUGAAUUGGUAUUUCCGCCUCUCGGAGAAAGCAGUGCAUUGGAUUCCCAGGAAUGUGACGUAA